GUACACGGACCGACACUCAUGAUUUGACUGUGAUCAACUAAACCUAGAAGCUACAACAUGAAAAGUAAAAGGCCAACUAAAACAGUCUCUUGGUUUGUUGCUGUGUGUGGACAGUAGGAACCGUAUUGUCAGGUCCCAGGACCUCUGAUCUGUGGUUAAGUCCAUUACCAGACCCAUACCAAGAAGAUCUCCCUUGCAGUAGAUUUCUCCAGAGCCUCCAAGUUACCUUCAUCUAUAGCUUGAGGAGGCUCAUUGGUUUACCCGGGCCUAGGCCAAGGCCUAGGCCAUCAGGUCUUAGGACCUCUGACCCUCUGGGUCAAGUCCAUUCCCACCCACCACUCACUGGAGCUCCCCUACAAGAGAAGACUUCUGCACGCCUCCCAAGUUACUCCCCUGUUCCUUGAGGUGAUUGGGAUACUUGGAUUAUCAUCUGUCUCAUGCCCUGCCACCCCAGCUCCUUCCCUAGACUCCUGAAGGAUUUUGCAGUUGCAGAUGUUAGAGGAGGCCCAUUGGUGUGCCUGUCCAGUAGAGGCCCAGGACAUCAGGUCUGAAGACCACUGAUGCUCUGGAUCAAGUCCAGUGCUGGCCUCCCCGCACCCAUUGGAGCUCCCUUGCCAGAGACUUCUCCAAGCCUCCCAAGUUACUCCCCCUACUUCUUGAGGAGGCUCAUUGAUAUGCUCAGCCAGUAGGGACCUAGGCAAGCAGGUCCCAGGACCUCUGACCCCUUGGGUCAAGUCCAUUGCCCAUCCAAACCUAUUGGAGCUCCCCUUUGGAUCUCCCACAUUACAUCCCUUAUUUCUUGAGGAGACUCAUUGGUGUACCUAUACAGAAGGGAACCAAGUCAUCAAGUCCCAGGACCUCUGACCCUUUGGGUCAAGUCCCCCACCUACUGGAGCUCCCCUGCAGGUGCAGAAUUCUCCAAGUCUCUCAAGUUAAAUUCCUUGUUUCCUGAGGAGGCUUAUUGGUGAGGUCAGCCUAUAGGGACCAAGGUUACCAGGUCCCAAGACCUCUGAUCCUAGGGGAAAUCUCCUCCCUAGUUGAAAAUUCUUCAUCUUCCACAUUACUUCCUGUAAUUCUUGAGGAGACUUGGGACCAACACCAUCAGGCCCUAAGACCUCUGAUCCUCAGGCUUAAGUCUAUUGCUGCCCUCCAACCACUUGGGUCUCCCCAGUUGAGGAAAAUUUCUCAAGUCUCCUACAUUACUUCCUCCAGUUCUUAAGGGUUGAAAAAUGACCAUAGUUGACAAAACUGAACCUUCAGACCCAUCAACCUGUCAGAAGCAACCUGGCAGUUCUGAGGCGGUCUCUCCUGAAGACAUGGACACAGGCUCUGCUAGCUGGGGUGCUGUGUCUUCUAUGAGUGAUGUCUCAAAUCAUACACUUUCAUUAGGGCCAGUGCCUGGUGCUGUAGUUUAUUCUAAUUCGUCUGUACCUGAAAAAUCAAAACCAUCACCACCAAAGGAUCAAGUCCUAGGUGAUGGCAUUGCUCCUCCUCAAAAGGUCCUAUUUCCAUCUGAAAAGAUUUGUCUUAAGUGGCAACAAAGUCACCGAGUUGGCGCUGGGCUCCAGAAUUUGGGCAAUACAUGUUUUGCCAAUGCUGCAUUGCAGUGUCUGACUUAUACACCACCCCUCGCCAAUUACAUGUUAUCCCAUGAACACUCCAAGACAUGCCACGCAGAAGGAUUUUGUAUGAUGUGCACAAUGCAGACGCACAUUACCCAGGCACUUAGCAACCCUGGGGAUGUUAUCAAGCCGAUGUUCGUCAUCAAUGAAAUGCGGCGUAUAGCUAGACACUUCCGUUUUGGAAACCAAGAAGAUGCCCAUGAAUUUCUUCAGUACACAGUUGAUGCCAUGCAGAAAGCAUGUUUGAAUGGCAGCAAUAAAUUAGACAGACACACCCAGGCCACCACCCUGGUCUGCCAGAUAUUUGGAGGCUACCUAAGAUCCCGAGUAAAAUGUUUAAAUUGCAAGGGUGUUUCAGAUACCUUUGAUCCAUAUCUGGACAUAACAUUGGAGAUUAAGGCUGCACAGAGUGUUACCAAGGCAUUAGAGCAGUUCGUGAAGCCAGAACAACUGGAUGGAGAAAACUCCUACAAAUGUAGCAAGUGCAAAAAAAUGGUUCCAGCUUCAAAGAGAUUCACCAUUCAUAGAUCCUCUAAUGUUCUUACCAUUUCACUGAAGCGUUUUGCCAACUUUACCGGUGGAAAAAUUGCUAAGGAUGUGAAAUACCCCGAGUACCUUGACAUUCGGCCCUAUAUGUCUCAGCCCAGUGGAGAGCCAAUUAUUUAUGUUUUGUAUGCUGUGCUGGUGCACACUGGUUUUAACUGUCACGCUGGCCACUACUUUUGCUACAUCAAGGCUAGCAAUGGCCUCUGGUAUCAGAUGAAUGACUCCAUCGUGUCCACCAGUGACAUUAGAGCGGUGCUUAACCAGCAAGCUUAUGUGCUCUUUUAUAUCAGGUCCCAUGAUGUGAAAAAUGGAGGGGAACCCGCUCAUCCUGCCCAUAGCCCUGGCCAGUCCUCUCCCCGCCCAGGAAUCAGUCAGCGGGUAGUCAACAACAAACAGGCGGCACCAGGGUUUAUUGGGCCCCAGCUGCCUUCCCACGUGAUGAAGAACACACCACACUUGAAUGGCACCACACCAGUGAAAGACACACCAAGUAGUUCUGUGUCAAGCCCUAACGGAAACACCAGCGUCAAUAGGGCCAGUCCUGCUACUUCUUCGACUUCUGUGCAGAACUGGUCUGUUAGCAGGCCCUCAGUUAUUCCAGAACACCCCAAGAAACAAAAAAUUACCAUCAGUAUUCACAACAAGUUGCCUGUUCGCCAAGGUCAGGCACAGCUGAAUAACAACCUCCAUGGCACUUGUCUGGAGGCCCCUAGCAAGGCGGCACCCUCCUCCACCAUCACUAACCCUUCUGCAAUACAGUCUACCUCGAACGUUCCCGCGACGUCAGUUUCUAAUAAAGUAGCAAAAUCAGUUUCCCCUAGUGAGUCCUGUUCUAAGCCCAUGGUGAACGGCAAGGCUAAAGUGGGCUCCAGUGUGCUCGUCCCCUAUGGGGCCGAGUCCUCCGAAGAGUCUGAUGAGGAGUCGAAGGGCCUGGCCAAGGAGAACGGUGUGGACAUGAAGGCCAGUACUCACUCCGAUAGGCCAGAAGCUGCUGCAGAGGAGGAUGCUGAGGCUUCCCCCCAUGAGCUCCAAGAACCCGUCAUGCUAAAUGGUGCUAAUAGCGCAGACAGUGACUCGAGAGAGAACAGCCUGGCAUUUGACAGUGCCAGCUGCCAGGUCCAAACCGAGCUACACACAGAAAACCUCUUUUCCAAACUUAAUGGUCUUCCUGGCAAGGUGACGCCUGCUCCUUUGCAGUCUGUUCCCGAAGACAGAAUCCUUGAGACCUUCAAGCUUACCAACCAGGCAAAGGGUCCAGUGGGUGAAGAGAGUUGGACUACAACAGGAGGAAGCUCUCCAAAGGACUCUGUUUCACAGCCGGAGCCCGUCAGUGAUGAGCCCAGUCCUCUUGAGAUACCGGAAGCCGUCACCAAUGGGAGCACGCAGACCCCUUCCACCAUGUCAUCCCUGGAGCCCACCAUCAGCUGUACCAAAGAAGACUCGUCCGUUGUUGUCUCAGCCGAACCUGUGGAGGGUUUGCCUUCUGUCCCUGCUCUUUGUAACAGCACCGGUACUACCUUGGAGGAUGCCCCAGUGCCCGAAUCGUGUGACCCUGGAGACUUGACUGCCAACCCGAGCCAGCCAACCCAAGCAGUAAAAGGUGAUACAGCUGAGAACGCUCAGGACUCCGCCUUGGCUGAAGUGGUAGAAAGGCUGAGCCCUGCUCCCUCAGUACUCACAGGUGACGGCUGUGAGCAGAAACUCUUCCUUUACCUCAGCACAGAGGGCUCAGAGGAGGCAGAAGACUCUUCCAGAAGCUCGGCAGUCUCUGCUGACACCAUGCUCCCUCAGCCUGACAGGACCACCACCAGCUCUUGUGAAGGGGCUGCUGAGCAGGCUGCUGGGGAUAGAGGCGAUGGAGGCAACAUGGGACCCAAAGCUCAGGAGCCUUCCCCAGCCAAGGAAAAGAUGAGCAGCCUUCGGAAAGUGGACCGAGGACAUUAUCGGAGCCGGAGAGACCGGUCCUCCAGUGGGGAGCACGUGAAGGACAGCAGGCCUCGACCGGAGGACCAUCACCAUAAGAAGCGGCACUGCUACAGCCGAGAGCGGCCCAAGCAGGAACGCCACCCUGCUAAUAAUACAUACUGCAAUGGGAGCCAGCACCUGGGCCAUGGUGACAGAGCCAGCCCUGAGCGCCGCUCUCUGAGCAGGUACAGCCACCACCAUUCACGGAUUAGGAGUAGCCUGGAACAGGACUGGAGCCGGUACCACCAUUUGGAAAAUGAGCAUGCCUGGGUCAGGGAGAGGUUCUACCCGGACAAGCUGCGGUGGGACAAGUGCAGGUAUUACCAUGACAGGUACACAUCCCUGUACACAGCUCGGGACGCCCGAGAGUGGCGGCCUCUGCAUGGUCGUGAGCAUGAACGCCUUGUCCAGUCUGGACGGCCACACAAGGACAGCUACUGGGGCCGCAAGGGCUGGGAGCUGCAAUCCCGGGGGAAGGAACGGCCCCACUUCCACAGCCCCCGAGAGGCCCCCGGCCUUGCUAUGCCCCUGGAGAGGCAUCUCCAAGAGAAGGCUGCGUUGAGUGUGCAGGACAGCAGCCACAGUCUCCCUGAGCGCUUUCAUGAACACGAGAGUGUCAAGUCGAGGAAACGGAGGUAUGAGACUCUAGAAAAUAAUGAUGGCCGUCUAGAAAAGAAAGUCCACAAAAGCCUGGAGAAGGACGCGCUAGAAGAGCCAAGGGUGAAGAAGCACAAAAAGUCUAAAAAGAAAAAGAAGUCCAAAGAUAAACACCGGGAUCGAGACAGCAGGCACCAGCAAGAAUCUGAUUUUUCAGGAGCAUACUCUGAUGCUGACCUCCAUAGACACCGGAAGAAAAAGAAGAAAAAGAAAAGGCAUUCGAGGAAAUCGGAGGACUUUAUAAAAGAUGUUGAGAUGCAUUUACCGAAGCUCUCAAGCUAUGAGGCUGUUGGCCAUUUCCGGAAAACAGAGGGAACCUUUCUACUAGCUGAUAGUCUGCCUGUGGAAGACAGCGGCCCUUUCCGGGAGAAAACGAAGCAUUUAAGGAUGGAAAGCCGGCCUGACAGAUGCCAUCUGUCAGAGUAUGGCCAGGGUGACUAAAAAGCCUUGGCCUCAUAACAACAAAAUUACGAUUCAACAUUAUCAACAGAAGCCAUCCCCAACCCAGCUUAAAUUAUAAACAUAGAAAAUAACUUUGUCCAAACUGCGUGGUGCUUCUUUAGUAAAUACUGUACAGAUUUUACCAUGGACAACUUUUUCUUUUCUUUUUUUUUUCUUCAGUUUUUACCUUUUCUUAAUUGCCCUUAUUCCAAAUGGAUACUUUCUACACUGCUGAACGUUGUAAAUUACCGUGUACAUAAAAUCACACUGACAAUAA